AUGAAUUUGCCAUUGCUAAUUAAGAUUAUUCUUUUGAACAUGAUGAUUUAUUAUGUUCCAGUUCAAAGUAGCAAAGUAAGUAAUCAAGAGAUAAUAAAAGCAAAGCUUGAUCCAAAUUAUAAAAAGACAUGGAUGUUUAUGCCUGAUGAUAAAGGAAUUCCACACCAAAUAAUUUUGACUCCUAUAAAUGACGACUUUAUGUUAAUUCACAACAAACUGUUCAGUUCUACAAAUGACAAGGCGACAUUUUGGCUGUACACAAAAAACAGCAAGAGAUCUCCUAUUCAACUUAAGACAUCAGGAAAAGACAAUAUUAAUAAUUUUCAGUUUACCAAUAAAUUUGAUGGCAACAAACCCACUAAAAUCAUCAUUCAUGGCUGGAGAGAUAAUGAUUCUGUUCAGGAAGUAAAGAGUGCAUACUUAGAGACAGCUGGAAAAGAUUACAAUGUUAUUGCAGUGGAUUGGGAAGAAUCAGCAAGAGACAUAUUAUAUUUUAAUGCUGCGUAUGCGACCAAGACUGUUGGUAAAUAUGUCGCUAAUGUCAUCAAUCAUAUGAGUGCUAAGCACGGAGUUAAUUUGAAGGAUGUUCACAUCAUCGGACAUAGUUUGGGAGCUCAUGUAGCUGGUGUUGCUGGAUCUGUAUUUCAAUUGUUGUCAGGGAAGAAGGUUGGAAGAAUUACUGGAACUGAUGUCAUUCAUACAUGCGCAGGUUUGCUUGGGCAUAAAAAAAAUUUAGGUCAUGCUGACUUUUAUCCAAACGGUGGAGAGCAAGUUCAACCUGGAUGUGAUCUCUUAAUAAAUGAUUUAAUUGGAACAUGUUCGCAUGAAAAGUCAUUUAAAUAUUUUAUAGCGACUAUAACUAGUCCGAACAAGUACAUGGCACAACAGUGUUCAUCGUGGAAAAACUUUAAGAGAAAUGGAUGUUCUGCAGCAAAAAUUCCAAUGGGCGAUGCUGUGCCUCAAAAUGCUAGGGGUGAAUAUUUCUUGAAAACUGAUGGUUGGGAUGUCAAUGAUGAUGAUGAUGACGAAAGUGAGGAAAGUGAGGAAAGUGAGGAAAGUGAGGAGAGCUAUGGCUAUUAA